AUGUUCUCGUUCCGGGCAGCUACUAGUGCAAGGAGAGGCCUGCGGGCUUUCUCAACCACUCGCAACAUGCAAGCCGAGCUGGCAUAUCAAGUAUUCGGACCCGAAAAUGGCGAAGCUAUCCGGAAGCCCAUUUUGAUCCUGCACGGCCUGUUUGGAUCCAAACAAAACAACAGAAGUAUUGGAAAGGCGUUGGCACGGGAUCUUAAGUGUCAGAUCUUCGCUCUGGAUUUGCGGAAUCACGGCCAGUCAUUCCAUGCACCAGAGCACAACUAUAGUGUCAUGGCCGAGGAUGUGCAGCAGUUCAUUGAUCAGCAGAAGCUUGACAAAUGCGUCUUGAUUGGCCACUCCAUGGGUGCCAAAGCCGCAAUGGCAGUAGCUCUCCGUUCACCAGAGCGUGUCUCAGCACUCAUCCCCGUUGACAAUGCGCCUGUCAACGCUGCGCUGAAAAGCGACUUCCCCAAAUACGUCAGGGGUAUGCAGAAAGUGGAGGCUGAGAAAGUCUCCAAGCAAUCUGAUGCUAGCAAGAUUCUUGAAGAUUACGAAGAGUCCCUUCCUAUUCGCCAAUUCCUCCUUACGAACCUGAUCAGGUCGGAGGAGGACAACACUCUCAAAUUCCGUGUCCCACUUUCGGUGAUUGGCCGCUCGUUGGAUAACAUGGCCGACUUCCCCUUCCAGGAGUCGGAUAAUCUCCAAUACACUGGGCCCACGCUGUUUGUUCGCGGUACCAAGUCCGGAUACGUGUCCGAUGAUACUGUACCGGCCAUAAAGAAAUUCUUCCCUAAUGCGAAGAUUGCCGAUGUCGAAGCUGGUCACUGGCUAAUCUCUGAGAACCCCGAAGCGUUCCGCCAAGGCCAAAUACACAUACUGAUAGAUUCCUAUAUAGACAAUACAUGUCACUCAAGACACUCAUCUGGCAGGUCGUGUAAAGGGCGGUGUCUUGUAGACGUCCUUUGGUCCCAUGUAUUGCCUGUCGGGCGACUUACGGACAACUCGGGUAUGUCCAUGUAUAGGGAAAUAUGGUAUGACUUGACAAGUGGGUAA